CCGGGUAAAUCAAUCGGUGGAAGGGAGAGUGAAUCCCCGCGCUUUUACUUUCCCGUAUCUCCAUCCAUAUAGUCAUAUAAACUCUGCGCCUUUUUGUCUCAAUUUGCUUCUCCACCCAAAAACUUACAGGAAUCGCAACAGAGGAGAAGGUGGAGGAUUUCUUCACUCGUCAAUUUUCUUUUCCUUUCAUCGAUUCAGUUUUGUAAGCAUCUGUUUCGAGGAAAGGUUUGGAGAAGUCGGGUGACCUCAAUAGUGGCAUGUUGGACAUUUUCUCUCUCAGAGUUUCAAAUGGUUGAUUGGAUGCAUCAGUCCACUAGAAUCCCCUCUUUUUGAGCAUCUUGGUAGUAGAAAGUGCUGCAGCAACACAAGAACCUGGAGGUCUUGCCUUGAGUAAAUCCAAGUCCCAAGCAAUGGCCACAGAUAGCAAUAGCAACAAAGAGACAUUCUUCAGAGCAGAUAAGAUCGAUUUCAAGAGCUGGGAUAUGCAGCUGGAGAAGCACUUGAGCCGGGUUUGGUCAAAAGAUAGGGAAGUUCCUGCUCCAAGGGAAGAGUGGGAAAUUGAUUUAGCUAAGCUUGAUAUAAGGCAUGUUGUAGCUCAUGGAACUUAUGGGACUGUUUACCGGGGCGUUUAUGAUGCCCAAGAUGUUGCAGUGAAAGUAUUGGAUUGGGGAGAGGAUGGUUUUGCCACAGCUGCUGAAGCUGCUGCACUUCGGACAUCAUUCCGGCAAGAGGUUGCAGUGUGGCAUAAGCUUGACCAUCCAAAUGUUACCAAGUUUAUUGGAGCUUCAAUGGGAACGUCUAAUCUUAAAAUCCCUCCAAAAGAUGCUACAAGUGAUGGGCAUAACCCCCUUCCUUCUAGAGCAUGUUGUGUUGUUGUUGAGUACCUUCCAGGUGGGACCUUAAAGAAAUUUCUGAUCAGAAAUAGGAGGAAGAAACUCGCCAUUAAGGUUGUUAUUCAACUUGCUUUGGACCUCUCCAGAGGCUUGAGUUAUCUUCACUCCAAGAAGAUUGUACAUCGUGAUGUAAAGACAGAAAAUAUGUUGCUAGAUACCCAUAGAACUUUAAAAAUUGCCGAUUUUGGUGUUGCUCGAGUUGAAGCUCAGAAUCCAAGGGACAUGACUGGGGAAACUGGCACUCUUGGAUACAUGGCCCCAGAGGUACUGGAUGGCAAGCCUUACAAUAGGAAAUGUGAUGUCUACAGCUUUGGUAUAUGCUUGUGGGAAAUCUAUUGCUGCGACAUGCCUUAUCCUGACCUUAGUUUUGCUGAAGUUUCAUCUGCGGUUGUCCGACAGAAUUUGAGGCCAGAAAUUCCAAGAUGUUGCCCCAGUUCAUUGGCAAGUAUAAUGCGAAAAUGUUGGGAUGCAAACCCAGAAAAGCGACCAGAAAUGGAUGAGGUAGUGAGGUUGUUAGAAGCAGUAGAUACAAGCAAGGGAGGUGGGAUGAUACCGGAGGACCAAGCUCGCAGCUGUUUCUGCUUUUACCCAGUGCGAGGUCCAUGACAUUUGCUUUCUCCAUUGGAUCAUUCAUACAUGCUUUUUGUGCAUAUCAAGAAUCAGAUUAGUAUACUGCAGUUGAUUUUUUAUUAAGUAGAUCACCAAUUUCUGUUGCAAAUUAGCUAUAGUAAUUUUAAGGUUUAAGGUUUUAUUUGCUCUGUUAUGUUGCCUAUAUCUAUAUAUAUUUUUGUCAUUUUCUAUAAAGAAAUUUUGAAUGGAAUAUUGCCAUUACUUUACUGUAA